AUGGCUGUCCAGCCCUGCUGGCCUUGCCCCGCGGCCGCCGCCGGCGACAAGGAGGCCGCGGCGCGACGGCUGCUCCGGCAGGAGCGCGCCGGCCUGCAGGACCGGAAGCUGGACGUCGUGGUGCGCUUCAACGGCAGCACCGAGGCGCUGGACAAGCUGGACGCCGACGCCGUGUCGCCCACGGUCAGCCAGCUCAGCGCCGUCUUCGAGAAGGCCGACUCGAGGACCGGCCUCCACCGAGGGCCCGGGCCUCCCCGGGCUGCGGCCGCAGGGGCUGCCCAGGUCAACUCGAAGCUGGUCAGUAAGCGAUCCCGGGUGUUCCAGCCGCCCCCGCCCCCGCCCGCCCCGUCGGGAGAUGCCCCGACCGACAAGGAGCGGAGUGGCCCCGGAGGGCAGCAGCCCCCCCAGCACCGAGUGGCCCCCGCCCGGCCGCCCCCCAAGCCGCGGGAGGUGCGGAAGAUCAAGCCGGUGGAGGUGGAGGAGAGCGGGGAUUCGGAGGCCGAGUCUGCCCCCGGGGAAGUGAUCCAGGCCGAGGUGACGGUCCACGCGGCCCUGGAGAAUGGCAGCACCUCGGCAACCACAGCCAGCCCCGCGCCCGAGGAGCCCAAGGCCCAAGCGGCCCCCGAGGAGGAGGUGGCGACGGUGGCAGAGCCAGAGAGGGGGGUGGGAAACGGCCGGGCCCCGGACGUGGCCCCGGAGGAGGCCGACGAGUCCAAGAAGGAGGACUUCUCGGAGGCGGACUUGGUGGACGUGAGCGCCUACAGUGGGCUUGGGGAGGACUCUGGGGGCAGUGCCCUGGAGGAGGACGAUGAGGAAGAUGAAGAGGACGCAGAGCCCCCCUAUGAGCCCGAGUCUGGGUGCGUGGAGAUCCCGGGGCUCUCGGAGGAAGAGGACCCGGCCCCGAGCCGGAAGAUCCAUUUCAGCACGGCGCCCAUCCAAGUAUUCAGCACCUACUCCAAUGAGGACUAUGACCGCCGCAAUGAGGAUGUGGACCCUAUGGCUGCCUCUGCAGAGUAUGAGCUGGAGAAGCGGGUGGAACGGCUGGAGCUGUUUCCUGUAGAGCUGGAGAAGGACUCCGAGGGUCUAGGCAUCAGCAUCAUCGGCAUGGGAGCCGGGGCCGACAUGGGCCUGGAGAAGCUGGGCAUCUUCGUCAAGACCGUGACUGAGGGUGGCGCUGCCCAUCGGGAUGGCAGGAUCCAGGUGAAUGAUCUCCUGGUGGAGGUGGAUGGAACCAGUCUGGUGGGAGUGACCCAGAGUUUUGCAGCCUCCGUGCUCAGGAACACCAAGGGCCGCGUGCGGUUCAUGAUUGGCCGGGAACGGCCUGGAGAGCAGAGUGAAGUGGCUCAGUUAAUUCAGCAGACUUUGGAGCAAGAGCGAUGGCAGCGGGAGAUGAUGGAGCAAAGAUAUGCCCAGUAUGGGGAGGACGAUGAUGAGACAGGGGAAUAUGCCACUGACGAGGAAGAGGAGCUGAGCCCCACAUUCCCAGGUGGUGAGAUGGCCAUCGAGGUGUUCGAGCUGGCAGAGAACGAGGAUGCGCUGUCUCCUGUGGACAUGGAGCCCGAGAAGCUGGUGCACAAGUUCAAGGAGCUCCAGAUCAAGCACGCAGUGACUGAAGCAGAGAUCCAGCAGCUGAAACGCAAGCUGCAGAGCCUGGAGCAGGAGAAGGGGCGCUGGCGAGUGGAGAAGGCCCAGUUGGAGCAGAGUGUGGAAGAGAACAAGGAGCGCAUGGAGAAACUAGAGGGCUACUGGGGUGAGGCGCAGAGCCUGUGCCAGGCGGUGGAUGAGCACCUUCGGGAGACCCAGGCCCAAUACCAGGCCCUGGAGCGCAAGUACAGCAAGGCCAAGCGCCUCAUCAAGGACUACCAGCAGAAGGAGAUUGAGUUUCUGAAAAAGGAGACUGCCCAGCGUCGGGUGCUGGAGGAGUCGGAGCUGGCCAGGAAGGAGGAAAUGGACAAGCUCCUGGACAAGUCUGGUCUUUUUUUCACAGACCUAGACUUGGCUGUGCCAGAGACCGCCAGACUGGACAGCAGUUUACACAAGGCCCGGGCCCAGCUGCUGGCCAAGGGCCGGAGACACCGGCCCUCCCGCUCCAGGCUUCGGGACAGUGCCAGCUCUGCUGAGGAUGGUGAAGGCUCUGAUGGCCCUGGAGGCAAGGUGACCGAUGGCUGUGGGAGUCCCCUGCACCGCCUGCGCUCGCCUUUGCACUCGGGCCCGGGGUCCCCCGCCGGGGGCUCCUUCUGCCUGGAGCCUCCCGGGCUGCGUCGCAGCCUAGACGAGGACGAGCCGCCGCCCUCGCCGCGCACCCGCUACCGACCCCUGCACAAUGCCACCUCCCACGAGGGCCUGGCCGCCGCCUCCAGCUCGCCGCCGCGCUCCGCGCCCUCCUCGGACAGCUCGCCCAGCUUCGUGCGCCGCCACCCGCGCGCAGAGCCGCACAGCGAAGAUGAUAGCCGAGAUGCUAGCCCUCCUGAGCCGGCCAGCCCCACCAUUGGCCUGGAUAAGAAGACUCGCCGGAAGUUCCUGGACCUGGGGGUCACUCUCCGCCGGGCAUCCACUGGCAAGAGCCGGAAGGAGAAGGGCAGCAACCGCCUGUCCAUGGGUAGCAGGGAGUCGGUAGAGGGGUCUGGCAGGUCCGGAGGCUCCCCAUUCCUGCCCUUUUCCUGGUUCACAGACAGCGGCAAGGGUUCAGCAUCUUCAGGCAGCACCACCUCCCCAACCUGCUCUCCCAAACAUGAGGGCUUUAGCCCUAAGAAGUCAGCUUCCCAGGAAUCCACCCUGAGCGAUGACUCCACGCCCCCCAGCAGCAGCCCUAAGAUCCCCAGCGGUCCUCGACAGGAGGCUAAGUGUUCCUACCCCUACCACACACUGUCCCAGUCCUCAGACGAGUUCCUGGAUGAGCCCCUCUCCUCUGUCCAGCACUGGAACAGCCAGCAGGUGGGCCAGUGGCUGCACAGCCUUAACCUAGAGCAGUAUGCUGCUGAGUUUGCUGCCCGCCAGGUUGAUGGGCCACAGCUGCUGCAGCUGGAUGGAAGCAAGCUGAAGAGCCUGGGGCUCAGCAACUCGCAUGACCGGGCACUAGUGAAGCGGAAGCUGAAGGAGCUGGCGGCCGCAGCUGAGAAGGAACGCAAGGCCCAGGAGAAGGCUGCGCGGCAGCGCGAGAAGCUGCGGCGCCGCGAGCAAGAGGCCAAGAAGAGCUAG